AUGGACGAUCCGGAUAAUAGGAUCUCUGUUCUUUGUCUCGGUCCUAAAGGCUCUGGGAAGACGACGUUAUUGAAAAAAAUACAGAAUGCUGAAGGAAUAGAUUAUACUUACAGCCCCGUCCCCACUAUUGGAACGAAUAUUUACGAUGUCCCGUACAUUAACAAACAGGGAAAGAAACAAGUUCUCAGCAUUAGAGAAGUUGGUGGGGAAAUGGCUCCUUUAUGGAGUAAUUAUUAUGAAGGAGUGGAAAAGGUGAUAUUCGUGGUGGACACUUCCAAUUUAUGUCAAAUUUCUUCUGCGGCGGUUAUGCUUUACACCCUUUUAGCUGAGCCGAAAUUAAAAAAAGCAAAGUUUAUUCUGGUUUUGAGCAAAAUGGAUGCAGCCUACAGGCAAAUGCGCAAUGAGGCGUUACUUAUGCUCCAAUACACUCGGCUGUGCAAUGAACUACCGAACGCGCCGGUGUUACUUGAAGCGUCUCCUUUAACAGAUGAGGGACUGGAUAUUCUAAAACCAUAUUUAACCGAAACAAAACGAGUUACAGUCCCGGUGCCCGCUUUGAAAUAA